AUGGCAGCAUGGGAAACUGACACAAUAUUUGUGUUCGUAAUCGAUGCUUGCACAAAAUACGUCUGGAUUUUCUUGAUCAUAUUCGGCAUCCCUGGCAAUAUCCUUGCUUUGGUGAUAUCUCUACAGAAGUCGAACAGGACGAAUGCCGCGUGUCUUUACAUGGCCGCUAUUGCUGCUGCAGACUUUCUCGUCCUUGUCAAUUUUACAGUUUGCCAGUCGACCAUGUUCUGGAUCGUCAAGGAAAGCCUUGGUGAAGUACCACUUCAACUUUGUUGGUACAGCGCCUACACAUUCGGCCCAAUCUCAGGUCUGUGUCUGGCCUUGAUGUCCAUAGAUCGUGUGAUUGCGGUUCGUUUUCCACUUCGAGCUGCCAGGUUGUGCACCACAGGUCGAGCCAAGAGGGCUGUGGUCAUCACAUACACCGCCAUCAUGACCGUUAACCUCCAUAUAUUCGUUUUUUACAAAAAGGAUGCUUACAGUCAAGGAGUAAUGGAACAAUCUGCAUCGACCUCUCUCAGCGACACUGCCAUAACGGCAAGAUGGGAAAAUGACACAAUAUUUAUGUUCGUAAUCGAGGCCUGCACGAAAUACGUCUGGAUUUUCUUGAUCAUAUUCGGCAUCCCUGGCAAUAUCCUUGCUUUGGUGAUAUCUCUACAGAAGUCGAACCGGACGAGUGCCGCGUGUAUUUACAUGGCCGCCAUUGCUGCUGCAGACUUUCUAGUCCUUGUAAAUUUUGUUGUUUGCCACUCGGCCUCGUUCUGGAUCGUCAAGGAGAGUCUUGGUGAAGUACCACUUCAACUUUGUUGGUACAGCGCCUACACAUUCGGCCCAAUCUCAGGUCUGUGUCUAGCCUUGAUGUCUAUAGAUCGUGUGAUUGCGGUUCGUUUUCCACUUCGUGCUGCCAGGUUGUGCACCACAGGUCGAGCCAAGAGGUCUGUGGUCAUCACAUACACCGCCAUCAUGACCGUUAACCUCCAUAUAUUCGUUGUUUACAAAAAGGAUGCUUUAUCGAAAACGAGUCACUCAUAA